UGCCAUGCAGCUGCCAAUUUGUUGGUUUUUUUUUCGAAUCGUUUUUAUUUUGCUGCUUCCGAGUCUCGAUCCAUCUAACUCUUCGGUAUGCGUGAUAUUAUUACCAGUUGUUCACGCCGCAGCCCGCUGAUCCAAAUCCGUGUCGUAUAAAGUUGAGUGCAUUAGUGCAUUAUAAAGGAGAAAGAUGCCUCUCACAAAGAAUUUCAACAACAAAAAAGCUGUUGAUUUUAAUGAAAUGAUGGAAAAAGCUGUGCGAUUUAUCUCUCCCCGCACCGAUUGGUGGAGCAGACGAAAAAAAAAUGCACUCUCUUUCACUGGACAAGCCGAUCUGAGGAGUUUUGCCACCCAUGGCUCGGAGUAUGAGGAAAGAAGUUCCCCCUGGCAAAACUCAGCUGAUUUGGAGAUGUCUGGUGCUCUACAGACGAAGGAAAUAUUAACGCAUAUUACAAAUCAAAUCACGGAAGCAAAGGAGGAGAUUAUUGAAGCCACAAAAAGGAUGACCGAGAACCUCAUUAUCAAAACAGUAGCAGCCAUCAAAGCAGAUUUUGAGACUAAGCUUAUUUCCGUCCAGCAGCAGAACUCCAAUCAACUCCCUCCCCUCAAUCGAAUUUUCAAUUUAAACCAAUAACAUCACCAGAACAACUAGACGAGGUCGAGCGCAAAUUGGAUAACAAGGAAUACGAAGGUGAACUUUUCAACUUUUUUUUUUUUUUGUAAUUUCUUUAUUUGAAACGGCUCAUACCUUUAGGCUUUAAGGAGCAAAACUCGAUUUGUUUGAUUACAAUUGUGCGCUUAUAUCUAGUUCACUUUUUGAAGAAAAGAUAGAAGAUAGAUAGGGAAAUAUGAAAAUA